AUGGCAGGGAAGAUCGGGAUAGAGUCGGCUUUGGCGGCGGCGUCUUUGACGCGUAGGCAACCGCUGCUGAUUGCGUCAACAAAGAUGAAGGAAGGAAGCAAUCGGAACGACAAAACCGGAGGCCGUCGGGGAAGUAGAGUGGGGGAGACGGCGGGGGGGUGCGCCGCCUUGUGCUGCUGUUGUCCAUGCGCCAUGAUGCACCUAUUGUUCCUCGCGAUAUACAGGCUCCCCACGGGACUGUGUAAGAAGGCAUGGAGAGAAAAGAAGAGGAAAAGAUUACUCAAAAAGAAGAGGAAAAAUUUUUCAUUGGAGGAAAAGGAAAAUCAACGAAAUCGAUCACAUAUGAAUAUGUUUGGAUUCGAUUCUGAUUAUGAUGAUGAUGAACCCAAAUCAGACGGUGAAUAUCAUAGGAAUAGUGGAAAAAACGACGCCGUUGAUUGGGAUAAGGAGAUGUGGGAACAAUUUUAUGAAGCUGGAUUUUGGAGAAGUGCUUCUCAGAGGGCUGAGAUUGAUUAA